AUGAAGAGACUCAUCAGCGGCCUCCCACGCUCUCGUUCAAGGGCCUUGUUCCGCAGCUUCAGCACCUCAAGACAAUGCCUUGCCGACCACGUGAGAAUAGUUGAAGUUGGGCCCAGAGACGGCCUGCAGAAUGAGAAAAGCUCAAUCUCUCUGGAGACAAAGCUCGAGCUUAUUCGGCGGCUGGCGCAGACCGGCGUCACGCACAUGGAGGCAGGCUCCUUUGUGCCUGCGAAAUGGGUCCCGCAGAUGGCGUCAACAGCAGAGAUACUAGAGUCAAUACUGACGCAUCCACCUCCUGCACCGCACGGCAUCGCAUACAACUACCUCGUGCCCAACAUUCGCGGGCUUGAGAAUCUACUGAAGAUAUUCCGAGCAAAGAGCGCACGAAAUCCCUCGAGCUAUCCUACCCCACCGCCAUCUCCGCGCCCCGAACAAGCUCAAGGUCAAAGUGAGACAACCCCCUCCUCCCAGGUUGAAGUUCAAUCGGCGAACUCGACGGAAAUUUCGUUGUUUGCAGCAGCAACAGAGACGUUCUCACAGAAAAACACAAACUGCAGCAUUGCAGAGAGCCUGGAGCGGUCCAAGCCAAUACUGGAGCUUGCAAAGCAGCAUAAUAUCCGGGUACGCGGUUACGUGUCCGUGGCAUUAGGAUGUCCGUAUGAAGGGCCGGAUGUCAACCCCCAUAAGGUGGCGGAAAUCACGGCAACGCUGUUGGAGAUGGGCUGCGACGAAGUCUCUGUCGCUGAUACCACCGGGAUGGGGACAGCGCCUCGGACAGCGAAGCUCCUUCAGACCUUGAAGGAAGCUGGGAUUCUGGAUGAGGACCUCGCACUCCAUUUCCACGAUACCUAUGGCAUGGCGCUCGUGAAUACUGUUGUUGGCCUAGAACAUGGCGUUAGGGUAUUUGACAGCUCCGUUGGGGGAUUGGGCGGUUGCCCCUACAGCAAGGGCGCAACAGGCAAUGUUGCGACCGAGGAUCUGCUGCACCUGCUGCAUAGCUUGGGCUGUGAGACUGGUGUUGACAUGGUCAAGAUGGCGGAGAUAGGGCAAUGGAUCACCGCACAGCUUGGCAGACCCAAUGAUUCAAGGGCUGGGAAGGCUACCCUGGCGAGGCUGAAGGAGUCGUAG